AUGUAUCAUCAUAGAAUAUUAGUAAAAAGAUGUUUCAUUACUAUCAUCUUUUCAUUAUUUAUUAUUUGGUUUUCAAGAAAUUUAUUUUUUGAUAAAGCAAUAAGGGAAUAUCCAUCUAUUUUAGAGGUAAAACCAUAUAAUAAAUUAUGUGUAAUUGUGCCUUACCGACAACGUUUGGAAGAAUUAAAUGAAUUUGUUCCACAUAUAACAAAAUUUUUAGAUAAGCAAAAAAUUGAUCAUCAAAUAUUAGUUAUGAAUCAAACAGAUAAAUAUCGUUUUAAUCGUGCUUCCUUGAUUAAUGUUGGUUUUCUUGAAUGCGAUCGAUUAAGAUGUAAUUAUUUUGUGAUGCAUGAUGUAGAUUUACUACCAUUAAAUCCAAAAUUAGAUUAUUCAUACCCUGGCCCUGGUAUAGUACGACAUAUAUCAGCUGGACCAUAUCAUCCAAUUAAAAGAUAUGAUUAUGCAAAAUUUAUUGGUGGAAUUUUAAUGCUUACAAUGGAUGAUUUUAAAAAUGUAAAUGGAAUGUCAAAUAAAUAUUGGGGUUGGGGUUUAGAAGAUGAUGAAUUUUAUCUAAGAUUACGAGAGAAAGGGUUAACGGAACAUAUUGAAAGACCAAAAAAUUUAGAUACUAAUAGAGAGAAUACAUUUAAGCAUAUACAUGGAAAAGAAAGAAAACGGGAUUAUAAACAAAUUGGUAAUCAGAGAGAGAUGUCAAAAAAAAGAGAUAGGAUAUCAGGUUUAAAUAAUGUUAAAUACAAAAUUAUAAGACGUGAGAUUGAAAUUUUUAAUGAUAAUAGUUAUGCUACUAUUGUUGAUGUCGAAUUGGAAUGUGACAUGUCCUGGACACCAUAUUGUGUAUUAAAUUAA